UCACUCUAAUUGAACGCCGUAUCGUUAUAAAAAUUACAAAAAAAAAAAAAAUGGAGGAAAUCAAUCUAUAAAAGGCCGAAACCCCAAGUAGAAUUUGCACCCUCAAAUUGUAAUUGUAAUUGUAAUAUAGUAAGAGAGAGAAAGAGGAGGGAGAAUAUUAAUGGCUCAUCUAAUUUCAGAGGAGUGCGAGAAGCUCACCAAAGCUUUCUCAGGGUUGGGAGGACUGGGAGUUGAGGAGAAGGGAUUGGUGUCUGUUAUUGGGAAUUGGAGGAACCAACCGGAGAAGAGGAGCCAUUUCAGGAGAGGAUCUCUUGCUCCUCUCUUUACUUCUGAGGGUGGGGGUUUUGAGAGGUGGGAGGAUGAUUUCGUUAAGCACCUCAAAGCCGAAUUUGCGAGGUUUAAGAAUGUGGUACUAUUGUGGGCUAUGCAUCCAUGGGAAAGGGAUGCACGGUGGGCUCACCACGUGCUCCACAAAGACCACCCUUUCACCAUCCUUGUCGAGAUUUCGUGCACCCGCUCCUCAGAGGAGCUGCUAGGGGCAAGAAAGGCGUACCAUUCCCUCUUCCACCGUUCUCUGGAGGAAGAUGUUGCGUAUCAUGUCAAAGAAUCUAAUGGCAGACUAUUAGUUGGACUAGCGAGCGCAUACAGAUAUGAAGGUUCUCACGUUAACGAGGACAAAGCGAAAUCAGAGGCCAAAGCACUCAACAAUGCUAUAAAGAAAGCAGGAGAAGUGAAACCUAUAGAGAAUCAUGAUGUUAUCAGAAUACUCACAACUAGAAGCAAACCACACCUAAAACUUACCUUCAAUUUAUACAAGGAAAUGUACGGGAAAUCCAUUGAAGAGGAUCUUGCUGAUGAUGCAUGCUUGCUAGAGACAGUUCAGUGUCUGAACUCACCUCCUACAUAUUUCUGCAAGAUAAUAAACCAAGCUUUCAAAGAAGGAGCGCAUAAGAUCGAAAAGGAAGCCCUGAAUCGAGUACUGGUUUCUCGGUCAGAGACCGAUAUGACAGAAAUCAAAGAAGUCCAUCAUCAGCUUUACGGAGCUAAACUUGAAGAUGUUGUGGCUACCAACACACAUGGAAACUAUAGGGAUGCCUUGCUCUCCCUUAUCAAUGGGAAAGAAUGAGAAGAUUAUCAUCAUCUCUGUUUAUCAUUUUAUCAUCAUGUAUUUUUUUUUCCCCCUUAAUUCAAUCUUGUACCUGUUUGUUGUUGGAUGUGGCAUUUUGUAUGAGAAUAAACUUAAAAAGGCUUGUAUGUUUAUACUGUGGUCUUUAAAGAAUUUGUUUUGAGGUGAU